UCUGCUAGAUCUGCUUUUAUUCUACUUGAUAAGCUUGAUCUGCUCUGCCCGAUACGCUCUCUCCAUUCGAAGUCAUAAUCUGCAUGAUCUGCAUGAUGUGCAAUGCUUGAUCUGCGUUUACCAUUCGAAGCCUAGACAAGUAGUGAACAAAAGUGGCGGAAAGCAGAGUACGUUGGGAUUACGAAUUUCAUGAAAAAUCAUAUCAUUUGCGUGCUUUUUCUGCUUCAAAUGGGGAAACCAAUGUAUCUCUUUAUCUUGUGGAUAUUUAGGGUUACUGUUUCUUCUAAUUUGGGGGAAAGUUGUCUAUUUGUCUAGAAUUUGUGUAAGAAUCAGCGCUCGCAAUCCCAACUCCCAAGUUGCGAUUUUUCCUUGUUCUUGAGCUCAGUGUUACUUCUUUGCUCAAAAUUUCACCUCUACAUGAUGGCUUGUCUUCGUGGCUUCUCAAGGAGAAGUCUUUACCCAAAAUGGUUCUGCUGAAAGACCUCAAGCCAUGUUCUUCUUCAUCAACAUCAUAACAAAGAUUAUACUGAAUCCAGUUUCCUUGAUUCAAGUCUUAUGGUUCGAGACUUUCAUAGGCAAUUUUUCUUUGAAGAUAGAAGGAAAUUUUCUUUUGUUCAACCAGUGGGUUCUUCUAGGGCAUUGCUAUGUAGGAACAUGUCUUCUAUACCAGACGAUUUGGGUUCAAAGAUUGAUGCAUUUGGAAAUAUUGUUGAGGAACUUGUCUCUGAGAGGUCUGUUGACUCAAUGGCUACUAUGGAUCAGUGUAAUGCAGCAAUUGAAUUAUUCUUUCCCUGGGACUUGGUGCAUUAUGUGAUUAAUGGAAUCCAUGAGCUCACUGGUUUUAAUUGGUGGAUAUCAAUUGUUCCUACCGCUUCUCUCGCUAAUGUACUGAUGUUACCAAUCUCUAUGUGGGUUGCGAGACAUGCUUGGGAACUACGAAUUUUGUCUAAUAAUAUUCAGAAAGUGAAGAGAAUUCAAAAGGUCGAUAAUCGUGAAACUCUAGCUAAUACACAAAAUGGGAAGCUGAGUUGACGAAAAG